CACCAUCGCGUCCUAGCUAGGCAUACCCACUGGUUUCUCCGCGCGACUAUGAUUUUUCCCACCAUGCUUCCUCGAAAAUGUCUACAUCCUCUGCGCCUCUCACGCCCGCGCAAACGCAUGCCCUAUUUGAUAUCCUGAUCCACCACCAACUGUACUCUGAAAUCGAAGCGUUCAAGUACCCCUCCACUAUCGACCAAUAUGGCUACCCGUUCAAGAAGGCGGAUGGCGUGCAAAGCACCAGUCCGAUGCUGCAGAACAUGCACAACAAGUUCGCCCUUACCAACCCGGCGCUGAAGAAGAUGGGGCCCGAUUUCUGGCAGGACAGGGUCAGGGUGAUUGUGGCGAAGCUGGCAGAGGCCGAGCUGAGCGAGAGCUAUGACAAGGGCGCUAUUGGGUCGCGGAAGGCGCUGGCGACGGCUGCGAGCAGUAUCGCCGAGUACAUUGCGCGAGGCAUGUUGGGAGGAUAUCCAGUAGCACCCAAGAAGGAGGGGAAGAUGGAAUACGACACCAGCAAGCCCGAAGACGUCAUGCAGGCAUGGGACGACUGUGUGCGCGGUUUCAUAUACGGCGACCUACUCCAUGAAAUGUGCGAGAAAGUAAAGACAACGGACAAGUUGGAGGAGCAUACGAGCGUUGUCCAGGCGGCGCAUGAGUAUAUUCUGCUGAAUGUCGCAUCGUUUCUCCACCACAUUUUCAUCAUGUCUCCCGACGGCCAGUACCUGGUCCGCCUUCUCGAAAACGUGCACCGUCUGAUACCUUACUACAUGAUCAAGCAGACGCUGCGUGUGGGCAACGCGGCCUCCAUGAUCAACGGCAUGGUCAAGCUCAUACUGGCGAAGCUAUCCGUCACUGCCAUGACCAACUGGAUAGGCCUCACAAACAACUCCAACGAUGGCAUGAACUUGUUGCAGCAAAUCAUAUCGACAAUCCUAGCCUGGGACACCGCCGAAUUCACGAAAAGAGCACAAAAGCUUGAAUCUGCGCGUGAUGCACCAAAUAAGAAAGUUCUCAAAACCGUCAAGGAGUUCGUUUAUGCGUCGAGGGAUAAGCACGAGGCUGCUCGCAACAUGUCCAUCCAGGAGUCCAAAUCCAUAGUUGCCAUCAUCCUACAGUCCGCCGACAAACCGAUCGAUGCUGAAUCCUUAUCUGAACCCCAGCACGACGUGGCCAUGGAGUACUACAGCACCUACCUUUCCAUCCGCGACCGAGAAGAGAUAACAAAGGUCGUUUGCAAGUCACAGCCCGACGUAUUGACCUCCGCUGUUCGUGAAGCUGUCACAGCCAUGGACCCUGUAAUCCGCGCGAUACACAAUGCCGUCGAUCUGUCUGGGACCGUAACAGAUUUCGAAAACUUUCUCACCGAUCUCAUCAAGGUCUCCAAGCCUAAGAAAAAGUCCAGCACCAAAGCCAGCGACAACUCAUCCACACCAGGUAGCGUCCUCGAUACGGAAGCCAGCGACGCCCCCACAGUAGAAGACUUCGUCCAGCUUCUCCGCAAACACGCCCCUUCAAUGCACAAAUUCAUCCACCAAGUCACCAAAAACGCGCCAGACCUCGCAAACGACUACCUAACAUACGCCCAAACCAUGUUCUCAGAAUUCCGAGUGGACGACAAGGCAAAACUCGCAGAGGAAAAAGGCGAAGGCGGCGCAGGCAACAUGACCGGACCACUACACUCCCUAUUCUCCACUCUAUCACAGGAGAAACAAGACGAUCUGAAAAAACUGUUAGACCAACAUGAGCAACAUCUCGCACAGCUCAAGAAAACCUCCCAAGAACGUCUUGAAUCCAUCAUGGAAUCAACAGCCGCCUCUAAACCUUCUUCCGCUGGCACAACACACGGCCCGGGCAUGUACCUCUCGCGCUGGAACUCGCUCCUCGACUCGACGCUCAUCACACCCGCGACGGUCCAUGGUCCUGUACGGCGGGGCUGGGAGGUCAAGGGCGAGUUAGAUGGUAAAGGGCUGAAGACUACAAGUUCCUUGGUUGGGAACAAGAAGGCGCAGAGUAAAGAUCAGAGUCAGGUGGUGAUGGCGGAUGGGACGGGUGAUGCGCUGGAUCGAAAGGAGAGGAAGAGGGACGCUAUGGAGGAGGAUCAGAUGGUACGGGUCUGGGAGGGGAUGAGAGAUGGGUGGGUGGGCGUUUGUCGCGGGUUGGAGGUCAUGGGGGACUAAGUUUUUAGAGGGGGGGUGUUUGGUUGUGUCUCGGUUUAGUGAUGUAAUGUACCUUUGAUGACUUUUGAACUUUUGGCUUGGAACGUGUUGUGGAGCGUCGGAAUUGGAUCGUGGGUUUACUGGGAUCAUGGUGAAUGUAUAUAUAUAUGCGAAGGGCAGUAAAACCAAGAUUUGAAAAUAGCUCACUACGAGCCAACGAUUGGCGAUUUCACCAGUGGCACAAGAG